AUGUAUGCGUCAAGAUAUACUGUACCUUCAGAGCCCGGGGCCGUCACCUGGCGAAGAGCCGGGGUCGGCGAGUCCACUAUCGACCCCACGGCAGUGUCCACACACCUAGAGGACCUAACGGAAACCAUUCACCGCCGAAACUUCAAGGCCACUGACUGGCAGAAGUUCGAUGCCUUCAUGGCAAAUAACACCCCUAGGCUGCUCAACCAGUCCUCGAGCGCGAGGUUCGCUAUAGACCUACUCGCCGAGGACAUUACUACCACACUGCAGAGCGCCAUCGCCCACUCCACACCAUGGCUCACGAUCACCCAAUACUCCAAGCCGGGGUUCAGCAGGGAAUGCAGCGACGCCGUCCUGGCGACGAGGCAAGCCCGGAGGGCCGCCCAGGAGGCCGACCCCCACUACCAAGCAGAAAUCGAAGAGGCCUACAAACGGUCCAGGAACUACAAGACGCACCUGUGCAAAAAGACAACCACCAACGCCCACCGAGAGAGGGCCCUAGGGGUGGACCCCGUCUACAAUCUGACACCGGCCUCGUCGACGACCCUAGACUUCCGCAAAGCCCACAAAGCCCACAAAGCCCACAAAGCCCACAAAGCCCACAAAGCCCACAAAGCCCACAAAGCCCACAAAGCUCACAAAGCCCACAAAGCCCAAAGCCCACGGGCGGGGGGGCCAUUAUCACCCCAGGAAAUCCGACGAGCAGUCCUCGCCGCGCCCCCGAACAAGGCCCCCGGCGACGAUGCGAUACCCAACGAGGUUCUACACAGGGUCCCACCACAUAUUACCGCCCCCCUCACCUCCCUCUUCAACGCCUGCCUCCGGGUAGGCUACCACCCCCGCUGCUUCAAGGACUCGGUCACUGUCGCCCUCAAGAAAGGGGGGCCGAGGGACUACUCCAAGCCCAAGUCAUACAGGCCUAUCGCUCUGCUCAACACGCCGGGAAAGAUCAUCGAAUCCAUCAUCGCCACUAGGCUCAGCUACCACGCCGAGGAGGAAGGCCUACUCCCCGACCAGCACUUCGGGGGAAGGGGAGUAGCCUCCAUCGACCACGCCAUCCAGGCCCUCAUUGAGAGGGUCUGGGGGGAAGAGGCAGCUUGUCGUUACCCUUCUCCUCCUAGACGUCUCCGGGGCGUUCGACAAUAUUAA